AGAACACGAUUCCUGCCUUCACAAACCGCCUCUCCUUGCUGCAUCAUAAUCAUAUAUCAGAAAUAUAUACUAAGUACUGCUUUUUGCUGUUCUGUGUUUCAACUUCUCUAAGUAUAUAACCCCCCCCCCCUACUUUUCAACUGUUCAACCACCCCUAACGCCACGGAAAAAACAACAAGAACCUCCAGAUGCCAUCGAACUUCUUUGCUCCCACGCAGCAGCUGCUGUGCAAGGACGGCAGCUCCGUGCUGGCGAGCCACGCGCUCAGCGACGCCGCCUACGUCCUCGUCUACUUCGCUGCCGGCUGGUGCGAACCGUGCUGCGAGUUUGCGCCGCUGCUCAAGUCCUUUUACGAAAAGCACCACAGCGAGAAGGCCUUCGAGGUGGUUCUCCUGUCCUUCGACAACUCUGAGCAGGCGAUGAUGGACUACUUCGUCAACGCCCACGGGAGCUAUUACUGUCUGCCAUACGCGGACGCCCACGCGAUGCGGACGGAGUGGAUGGAGCAGUACAACGUGCGGGGCCUGCCGAGUCUGGUGAUCUUCGAGAACGCCGACCCGCGCGCGGUGGUGACGCGGUACGGCUGCAACAUGGUGGUGUCGGACCCGGAGGGGGCAUCCUUUCCGUGGCCGAACUCGGAUCCAAUGCCAGGCACGACGCCGCCGCUGCUACUGCCUGAGUGCACUCCCGAGGUCGCCGUCGCCGUUACCUUUCCAACGGUGCUCGACGCAAAGGACGCGCCGUCGUUCUUUGACAACCCUGCGCAGAUGCUGCUGCGGCAGGACGGCAGCUCCGUCUCCGCGACGGAGGCGCUGCGUGCCGCUGACUACGUCCUCGUGUGCUGCUCGGCGCAGUGGUGUCCCCACUGCCGCGACUUCACGCCCCUGAUGAAGCGCUUCUACGAGGCCCACCACGUGGAGAAGAAGUUCGAAGUGGUAUUCUUGUCGUUCGACACCUCCGAGAAGGAAAUGAUGGACUACUUCAAGAAGGAACACGGCAACUACUACUGCCUGCCCUACAACGAUGCCCAACAGAUUGGGGCCGUGUGGACAAGCCUCUACGACUUCGACGGUAUUCCCACCGUCCUCGUCUUUGAGAAGACGUACCCGCGUGUGUUCAUCACAAAUCGUGGGCGCGACUUGGUGGUGAACGAUCCCGACGCGGAAUACUUCCCUUGGGAAGAGGACAAGGCGGAGGUGGUGAGCGGCCCGACCACGACAGUCCUCUCCUGCAAAACCGUACUUGCGCCGAUGCGCUCGCGGCUGCAGCUGGGCCUCUUGAUCCUCUUUGUUUUCGUCGCAGUAAACAUUUUCUGUGCGGGCGUGCAAGUGAGGAAAACCGUCGGGCGGUGA